GAAAACGUGCAAAACCCAGGGGGCCAGUUGACCUGUGACAAUCAGAAAGACCCCCCGUUGCGACUCUUGUGACGGACAGGUAUCCAAGUUUAUCUGACAACGUUGAAAUUUUGCCCACCUAUAUGGCGUCGGAUGACAUUUGGAAAGUCUGUGAAUUGGACACGAAACUUCGACCUCUUGGAAAGAGUGAGUAGGCUAACUCACUAAUGAGAUAUCAUGUUCACUGCGUUGUCGUUGUGCUGUAAUUGUUCUGUAACUGUAUACAUUUAGAAGCAGAUAGAUAGCCUACUUAACGUUACCUUCACUGUGCAAUGCUAGGGGGCAACAUAACAAAGACCCAUGCCAGCACUCCUUUGAGCACAGACGAAAAGGUUAUAAAGUAAGACAUUUUGUAUUAUUUCAGGUUCAAUUAGAGAUUAUUAGAGAAAUGAGUAUAAUGUACUAAAAUGUAUCCAAUAGGCUGGUAGCCUAUUGUUAGAGGACAGCGGAACUGGAUACAAGUGCUUUUUUAUUGUUACAAUUAAAACAACCGCGCGUCAGCCAUUCGCCUUCAUUAAGUUCAUUUACUGAUAAAAAAAAAUGAAGGAGGAUUUUAUAUAUUAUUUUAAAGUGGCCCAGGUACCACAAUCACAAUCGGCAUGCAAAAAACAUGAUGUUGUGGUGGAAAUUCAACACCAGGGACACCUGAAGUCAAUAUUAAAUGAAUCACUCUUUAUUAUCAAGGCUGGAGAGGUUCACAAACUCAAUACAAGCUUGAUGAAAACUCUGAAAAGGGCGUUCCCUUUCAGUCCUUAUAUAUUGCUACACAAACAAGUCAUAUAAGCAUGAUAUACAUUAUUCAUUAUUAACGUUGGUUCCUGCAUGUGACAGACUGAUACCUCACGAGGCUUCUUCUCUCAAAGCUGAGACCUUGAAACUGAGAUACUCCUUUUGGAUCCCAGAGCAAUGUUGUGGGCGUACUGCCAAAUUGCUUAUUUACAUUUACAUUUUAGUCAGUUAGCAGACGCUCUUAUCCAGAGCGACUUACAGUUAGUGAGUGCAUACAUUUUCAAACUUGGCCCCCCGUGGGAAUCGAACCCACAACCCUGACGUUGCAAGGGCGCUACCAACUGAACUACAGGGGCUUAUCAGUGAUAUUAUGGUUAACUCCUGUUUGUAGUCAAUCUGUCACUCGCAUGAACCCAACCAAUUACAAAGCAUCAUUAUUCUAAACAUACGAUCUGAUACACACAUAGAACAUUUCCAUCACAAUGUGAUUGGCAAAUGAGUUGGACACACAAUUUAUUGGUGAGAUUUUUCAACUCAUUUACCAAUCACGUCAUGUUUUUUUUUUGUAUUCCCAUUGUGAUUGGUCCCUGUACCCAUAGGAAGGGCCAAAUCCUGGCCCUGAUGCGUUUGUUUUACUUUUAGCAGUGAAGCACUUUUUAUAAACUUCCACUGCCCUCCGAGAGUUCCUCAGUUUCCUCUUCACUUCAGUUUGCUCCUCAAUUCAUGCACCUUUGGAGAGCGAGGUAGUAGCGUUGUAUUCACAGAAUUGUCAUACGAUUAAUAACAGCUAUUGCAUUUCAUAACAAAAUUGGCAUGCACUUGAAACUAUUUUGCCACACAGUCUUAACAUGCUUGAAGAACAGGCACUCUUUAUCCCGCACUAUCCAGCACACCGCCAAGGAGCGAUUCUACCACAGCAGAGUUCAUAGAGGUCCAUGCGCUGGACGGCAGAGCCAUCACCAUAGUGAGCACCAGGACCCAGACAGACUGGGAGUGGGCGGAGCAGACACUCACAGACAGCUGUCAAGGUAGUCAGAAUGUCAGACGGUUUGGGUUGGAAUGCGUCACACUUUUCUGCUGCUCCCCCCCCCCCCCCUCUGACUACUCAAACAUCUGUCAGCACCUUCCUACAAUUACCUCCUCUCUCGUAGUUCAAAGUGAAGUGGAGCGGUUUGAGCCAAAAGCCUCAUCCCAGACAGCCCUCCAGUGUGAAGUUAUUGGGCCUGAUUCAGAGGUAAGGUAGGCUAACAUGUAUAUAGCCUACGGUAUGUGAUUAGUUAAUAGAAAAUAGUUCAAUCACAGCAGGGCUAUUCAAUCAACCAAUUUACUACCAAACAAAACAAAACAGAAAAUAUUGAUUGAUCUUUUGUGUCGUCUGGAAGAACGAAGAGCCAGACGAGGAGAAGGAGGAUGAGUCGCAUGGUAUACCUAAUGUGGGGCCACCUUCCCUGUUGGCCUACAAACCCGAGUCGAAACAACCGCCGGUUCAUUUUGAAAAGGUAAGCAACCUCCAGCACUUUGGAUUAGAAAUGAUACAAUGACUAUGAAGUUAAAGUGCAGACUGUCAGCUUUAAUUUGAGGGUAUUUCCAUCCAUAUCGGAUGAACCGUUGUGUGUGUUAAAGUAAUAAAACGUUACGUGUUCUGUCCCAUAGUUGUAGCACGCAAUGACUAAAAAAAGGGCUGUGUAGGCUUACCCUGGCUUGACGUUUUGAUAACCGUGUACUGUAAAAUGAUACAUUAUUUACCAUUCAUUUCUAUUGGGCACAAAAUAAUCUGAAACACAAUCAAAACAAAUAGCAAGUGCAUCCAACAAAUGUGUAAAGUCACAAGCUCGAUGUAGUCAUUGUGUGCUAUGAAUAUGGGACCAAAUACUUAACUUUUUACUACUUUAAUACACAUAUAAGUGAAUAUUUCCCAAUACUUUUGAUCCCCUAAAAUGGGGGGAGUACAAACAAAAAGUUCUGUAAUUUCUGAACGGUUCCCCGAUAUGGAUGAAAAUACCCUCAAAAUAAAGCUGACAGUCACCUCAUAGUCAUUGUAUCAUUUUGUAUCCAAAGUGCUGGAGUACAGAGCCAAAACCACAAAACCACACUUACUAGAGCUUACUCUAUUCCCACAGUGCUUGUUGUUUUCAUGAUGACAUAUUUCAUGUUAAAUACAUAAUAUAGUACUGCACAUACAUCAUAUAGUACUGUACGUACAUACAUCCAUAUUAUAGUACUGUACAUCCAUACUAUAGUACUGUACAUCCAUACUAUAGUACUGUACAUCCAUAUUAUAGUACUGUACAUCCAUACGAUAGUACUGUACAUCCAUAUUAUAGUACUGUACAUCCAUACGAUAGUACUGUACAUCCAUACGAUAGUAAUUAAUGUACAUCCAGUACUGUACAUCCAUACGAUAGUACUGUACAUCCAUACGAUAGUACUGUACAUCCAUACUAUAGUACUCUACAUCCAUACGAUAGUACUGUACAUCCAUACUAUAGUACUGUACAUCCAUACUAUAGUACUGUACAUCCAUAUUAUAGUACUGUACAUCCAUACGAUAGUACUGUACAUCCAUACUAUAGUACUCUACAUCCAUACGAUAGUACUGUACAUCCAUACUAUAGUACUGUACAUCCAUACUAUAGUACUGUACAUCCAUAUUAUAGUACUGUACAUCCAUACGAUAGUACUGUACAUCCAUACGAUAGUACUGUACAUCCAUACUAUAGUACUCACCAUACAUGGUAUAGUAUUGUACAUACAUAAUAUAGUACAGUAGAUACAUACACACAAAAUAUAGUACUGUACAUAUAUAAUAUAGUACUGUACAUACAGUAUCUCACAAAAGUGAGUGCACCCCUCACAUUUUUGUAAAUGUUUGAGUAUAUCUUUUCAUGUGACAACACUGAAGAAAUUACACUUUGCUACAAUUUAAAGUAGUGAGUGUACAGCUUGUAUAACAGUGUAAAUUUGCUGUCCCCUCAAAAUAACACAACCAUUUAUGUCUAAACCGCUGGCAACAAAAGUGAAUACACCCCUAAGUGAAAAUGUCCAAAUUGGGCCCAAAGUGUCAAUAUUUUGUGUGGCCACCAUCAUUUUCCAGCACUGCCUUAACCCUCUUGGGCAUGGAGUUCACCAGAGCUUCACAGGUUGCCACUGGAGUCCUCUUCCACUCCUCCAUGACGACAUAACGGAGCUUGUGGAUGUUAGAGACCUUGCACUCCUUCACCUUCCGUUUGAGGAUGCCCCACAGAUGCUCAAUAGGGUUUAGGUCUGGAGACAUGCUUGGCCAGUCCAUCACCUUUACCCUCAGCUUCUUUAGCAAGGCAGUGGUCGUCUUGGAGGUGUGUUUGGGGUCGUAAUCAUGUUGGAAUACUGUCCUGCCGCCCAGUCUCCGAAGGGAGGGGAUCAUGCUCUGCUUCAGUAUGUCACAGUACAUGUUGGCAUUCAUGGUUCCCUCAAUGAACUGUAGCUCCCCAGUGCCGGCAGCACUCAUGCAGCCCCAGACCAUGACACUCCCACCACCAUGCUUGACUGUAGGCAAGACACACUUGUCUUUGUACUCCUCACCUGGUUGCCGCCACACACGCUUGACACCAUCUGAACCAAAUAAGUUUAUCUUGGUCUCAUCAGACCACAGGACAUGGUUCCAGUAAUCCAUGUCCUUAGUCUGCUUGUCUUCAGCAAACUGUUUGCGGGCUUUCUUGUGCAUCAUCUUUAGAAGAGGCUUCCUUCUGGGACGACAGCCAUGCAGACCAAUUUGAUGCAGUGUGCGGCGUAUGGUCUGAGCACUGACAGGCUGACCCCCCACCCCUUCAACCUCUGCAGCAAUGCUGGCAGCACUCAUACGUCUAUUUCCCAAAGACAACCUCUGGAUAUGACACUGAGCACGUGCACUCAACUUCUUUGGUCGACCAUGGCGAGGCCUGUUCUGAGUGGAACCUGUCCUGUUAAACCGCUGUAUGGUCUUGGCCACCGUGCUGCAGUUCAGUUUCAGGAUCUUGGCAAUCUUCUUAUAGCCCAGGCCAUCUUUAUGUAGAGCAACCAUUCUUUUUUUCAGAUCCUCAGAGAGUUCUUUGCCAUGAGGUGCCAUGUUGAACUUCCAGUGACCAGUAUUAGGGAGUGUGAGAGCGAUGACACCAAAUUUAACACACCUGCUCACCAUUCACACCUGAGACCUUGUAACACUAACAAGUCACAUGACACCGGGGAGGGAAAAUGGCUAAUUGGGGCCCAAUUUGGACAUUUUCACUUAGGGGUGUACUCACUUUUUGUUGCCAGCGGUUUAGACAUUAAUGGAUGUGUGUUGUGUUAUUUUGAGGGGACAGCAAAUUUACACUGUUAUACAAGCUGUACACUCACUACUUUACAUUGUAGCAAAGUGUCAUUUCUUCAGUGUUGUCACAUGAAAAGAUAUACUCAAAUAUUUACAAAAAUGUGAGAGGGGUGUACUCACUUUUGUGAGAUACUGUACAUACAUAACAUAGUACUGUCCAUACAUAAUAUAGUCCUGUACAUACAUUUUGCAUUAGAGGAGUGAGUGAUGAUGAUGGUGAAGCUUGACUACUUUAGAUCCCAGUGGUGUCCAGCUCUGGAUCCUCUCAGUCCAAACGGGACACAGAGUUUGUUCUAUGUGACUACUGCCAGCAACCCUGUAACCCUUUCAUACGCCGGGAACAAUUGGAAAAUAAUCGUGACCUGGAAUUGGUGAGUCCUGCUGACAGUGAAGUUGUUCUUCAGACUAUCAAUUCAAAGCAAAUCAAUACAAGUAACAAUGGGCCAGUCUAUAAAUACCUGUUUCAGAGAGAGACUGGAAUGAUUGCAUUCUUAUGUUCCUUUAUUGCUCCUGGUGUGGAUCGCAUGCUGCUGAGAUUGUAGAUAUGGGUUAGAAUUAAGAAUCUCCUACACCCAUAGAACCGUUUUUUUCUUCUUUUUUUUUCUACUCAGCUCUUUUGCUGUGAACGGGCUCAGAAAAUGCGAGAGUUUCUCCUGGAAGAGGAGCGGGCCUUAGCUGCUGUGGAGGUGAACAGGAAGAUUGAUGUGGGCCCUCACCCACCCUUCAUGAACAAGCACGAGAAGAGAGCUGCAAAGGAGCGGGCAGAGCAGAGGUGAAAGCAUCUAGAUGAUGUUAUACCCUGUCCAUUUUGGUGUCAGCUAUUUGAAACCCCCUGCAGUCGGCUCCUGUAAAAGGCGCUGCAGGGUCAAUCCGUCGUCUGCAAUGGCCGUGCCGCAUUUAUGGUAAUACGGCCUCUGCAGAAGUCAGGGCAUUCAUACAGUACUUAUUGAGCUUCGCGGAGCAGCGCAUAGCUGUUGUGAAGGAAGUUGUCAAGGAAGUGAGUUUGUGUUUAUACACGACCUCCCGCCCCCACCUACCGUCAACCAAUCAUGUCAAUGUGGAGCUAUACAGAGCCCUCUGCAUUGUUACAACAUUUGGGAGGCUCCGGAGGCUCCACAAUUGCGUCACACCCUCCAUACUGAGUCUCCGACCACAUUUUCAGAUCAAGCAUAAAUGGUCUCUAAUCGAAUGAUGGUGCGCCUCACACCUCUCAACAUACAUGUGUAAUAGAGCCCCACAGUAUGAGUCAUAAUACCCAUAAAACUCACGCCAGGGUAAGCCGACACGAAACACAGCCCUUAUUUUAAGUGUUUCUAAAAUCCCCUCUGGGAGAAAUGAACGGGGGAAAACGAUUGGAACCAUUUCCCUGUUUGACCGCUAGGUUUUAUGGGUAUUAUGACACCUCCACUGUGGGGCUCUAUGUGCCCUUUUUAGACUUAAAAGCUAAACGUGGCCAAAGGGACACAUUUCUGUCAGAGUGUGAGUUUUGGAAAGAAGAGGAGAGUUUUCCACUUAAUCUCCCAAAGUAGUGUGAAUCACUUCACGCUGUUCCGAUGGUGCACUCUGAGGAAGGCCAAACUCUAUUUUAACCCAUUUUAACUUAAGGUUGCGGGAAUGGGAACUUCAGAAGGUCCUGAAUACAGGCAAUCAGAACCGAUUUUUUUCAGGUAAGUCCAUUUUCACGCUUUCACAAAAAAUCCUUGAUACAUUAAAUAGUUAAAAUGCUUAUUAUCUAACUAACAUGAGAUGCUGAGUAUAGUGACUUUGCAUUCUCAGACAAAAAUGUAAAUACAGGGUUAUUUUUCUUGUGUUUUUAAGGUCAGAUCAAAACCAUAUCCUACAGACUGUCCAAUGAGGUUUGGACUAUCCAAGAGGAGUCACGCUUCCCUCAGAUGGACGUCAUGGACUCCUCAGACAUCUUCACCCUCCAGGGGGAGAUGGACAGGCAGCACAGAGAGAGGGUAGGUUUCUGCAUUAACACCAUCCCUGUACUGUCACUGACACCAACUUAUCUCAUCUGAGUGCUCACUACACCUAUUCCCUUAAUGUUCAGGUCCACGCUAUCCCUUACUGUUCAGGUCCACGCUAUCCCUUACUGUUCAGGUCCACGCUAUCCCUUACUGUUCAGGUCCACGCUAUCCCUUACUGUUCAGGUCCACGCUAUCCUUUACUGUUCAGGCCCACGCUAUCCCUUACUGUUCAGGUCCACGCCAUCCCUUACUGUUCAGGUCCACGUGACCCCUUACUGUUCAGGUGAAUGCUAUCCCUUACUGUUCAGAUCCAUGCUAUCCCUUACUGUUCAGGUCCAUGCUAUCCCUUACUGUUCAGGUCCAUGCUAUCCCUUACUGUUCAGGUCCAUGCUAUCCCUUACUGUUCAGGUCCAUGCUAUCCCUUACUGUUCAGGUCCAUGCUAUCCCUUACUGUUCAGAUCCACGCUAUCCCUUACUGUUCAGGUCCAUGCUAUCCCUUACUGUUCAGGUCCACGCUAUCCCUUACUGUUCAGGUCCACGCUAUCCCUUACUGUUCAGGUCCAUGCUAUCCUUUACUGUUCAGGUCCAUGCUAUCCCUUACUGUUCAGGUCCACGUGACCCCUUACUGUUCAGGUGAAUGCUAUCCCUUACUGUUCAGGUCCAUGGACUACCAUAAAUGAGUGAUGUAUUUGUUUGUUUUUUAGAGAACACAUUUGCUUCUGAGGUUUUAUCCAAAUGGCAAACCCUUCAUCACGUUAUAUCCGGAUGGAACAGGUAAUGUGUUGUAUCUUUUUAUUAAAGGGACUCAGGCACCAGGCUUGUCUACAAUUGUACAAUAGUUUUGCAAUAAGUUCCUUAGUGGAAACAAAGCUAUCCAUCUGGGAAUGUUGCUAUCAUAAUCUCCUCUGUGGAGGCUGCUGACUUCAUCUAUAUAAUCAUGGAGGACAAGGACUUUGAGCCAAACCUUGAGGCCAUGUUUACAACCAGAGGCCAGUCUACAUGCUACCACCCCAAUGGACUUAUAUGGUGUGUACCCCCCAAUGCUUGCCCUGAAAAUCACGUACACAGAUCAACUGUGGCAAUGUUCUGCGAUUACUGCAUGUCUAUACUGUAACUGUGGCCUACCUGUGUGUGGAACGUGGACCUAAGCUUUGGGGUGUGUGUGUGUGUGUGUGUUUGAAGGGUGAACCUGACCCAGUUGGGAGGAUCCUGCUGCAGUGAGACCGGGGCUCUGAGACGACGCUGGAACUGGCUAGACCUUGAGCACCACAUCCAAGCCCCUCCCUUCCAGCCCAUCUGUCUGGUCAUAGGUAGCCACAUCAGCCUCCGUAUCCAGUCCCAGGAACGCAUCUACCUCACCUUCUCAUCUCGCCAAAGCAGAGCGCGCUUCAACGUGGGCUCCAAACUCAAGGUGAGUCAUCACAGGACUGUCUCAAGUGAGUACAUAUUGGGUGAACAUCUCCAUCGUUUACCAUUGAUGGAUUUUCAAGGAUAGGUACAGUAACACACGGAAACAUUCAUAGCUGCUAAUCUCAUGGACGCGCUCCAUCCCCAUGUGGUCUGACUGUUUUCUGUUGUGUUUAUCCUCUCCUUAGCGAACCCACACAGAAGACCUAGUGUUGCCGGGGCCAAACAUCCUGCAGCAACAUCUCCAAAUGAAAAGCCUGGAGAUUUACUCUCUGCUGGACAGGAUGCGGACAUGCAUGGCCUACCAGCAUUCGGCCAAUCCCCACAACAUUAAGCCCCAUUACAGCCUCAUUGCCCAGAUGCAGAGACUCAAGAGGCAGAUGGAAAAACAGAGCUCGCCCAAAAAUACCAAAGCUCUCAUGGCUUCUAAGGACUUU